AUGAAAAAAAAGUUUGACAAGUAUUGGCUGCAGCUUGAAGAUCUUAACAAAAUUCUGCUUAUUGCUGUGGUUUUAGAUCCAAGAUACAAACUAUUGCAUCUUGAAUUCUUCUUCCCAAAGCUGCAAGCAGACCAAGGAUGUGUGGAAGUGAUGAUCGAUGAAGUGAAGACAACCUUGAGCUUGCUGUUUGAUUUUUAUGCAGAUGAAGAUCCAGCUGCUGCAACAGCUUCAAGGAACGUGACAAUGUCAAGGAUCGAGUCUAUGCAUCAGCAAGUUGAUGAGGAUAGUCAUGCAGCAAAUCUGCAUCAAUUCAAGCUUUUGCGACAAGAGAAGGACGUUGUGGUGAUCAAGAAUGAGCUGGACAAGUAUAUAUUGGAAGCUUCAGAAGACCCUUCAAACCCCAAGUUUGAAAUUUUGGCUUGGUGGAAGGAGAAUGCUUAA